CAAACAUUUGAGAACCACUGGUCUAAAUAAUAAUUAGUCCUGCCAUGAGUGCAGGGGACUGGACAAGAUGACCUAUUGAGGUCCCUUCCAGUCCUAUGAUUCUUUGGAAAGGACUGUAGAAUAAGAGAAUGAAUGGUGGUUUCUCUACUCCGUCCUUGUACAUGAUGGCAGGACUGACUUGAUCAUCCCAAGACCGUGCCUGAAAGAUCACUGCUGUAGCCUAGAAAACCUGGAGGGAUGGGGAUUCUCCAUCCACCUGUGGCAGCUUAUUCCAGGGCUGUUGCUGAGCUUUUCCCAGUCACUGUUCUGUGAACAAGGCUUGGUCCUUGAAGCUUGGUGACUAGUACUCAUGGCCCCUCAACACUGGGCCUGUGUGCCGGCCCUGCUAGUCAGCUGUGCAUGCUCUAAUCUGCAGUGGAACAAGGGCUGCUCUCAGAAUCACAAGAGCAAGCAGCCAGCGCUCACAGAUCAGACAGAAUCAAAGCUAAAAUGCUUCCUGGCUCUGCAAUGGUGCAAACCGCUCUGAGUUUGAAUUGAUCUAACCUCAGAAGUUUCAACUUACUGACUUGAAAUGUUCAUAACUUUAACACUCCGUAACUGAUUUUCUUCAAUCUUGGCUUAUUUUGAUUUUAAAAAUGAAGUAUGUCUGUCAGUGUGAGCUGCAGCCCACUGAGCAGGAGGGUGUGAGAGAAGUUGGUGUUAUAUAGGGUGUUAACAGACAGUUUGGUGUAACGAGGCCAUGUGUUGAAACAUAAGCAAAAGGGAGCAGCAGAGUUGAGUGGGUUGAGUCUUCUGCCUUCAGUGCUGUCCCUGACUUCAUAAUCUUGUUGCUGGGUGAAUGGCAUCUUGUUGCAUGGACUUGCUGUGUAGAGUGAAGGGAGCUGCCAGUACUCAGCUAUGUCUGAGAAGCAACGGGUUACCUGGAAGUGGGGAAAGCCCUGCCCUGCUGCUGGAAAUGCUCUGUCCUAGAUUUCAUGCGUUUCCCUCUCAAAUCUACAUAAUCCCGCUGUUCCCCCAAUGUCCCUUUCCUCAGCCAGGCUGAGGGAAGUGGUGAGGAGUUAGCACAGACGGCCACAAGGCAGAAGGUGGCUUUCAAACAUCAGUACUUAUCACAGUAGCUUCCCCCUCUCUGCGGUGUGGUGCUUUGCAUCUCUCAAAGCACUGCCCAGAAGAGAAGAAUUGGUCCAUCUCCCACCGGGGGAAAUCUGAGGCAAAGAGCCUGGGACCUGCCCAAAUCUGCAAAGGGAGGUGGUAUCAGAAGAGAUCAGGUUCUUGGGUGUUCCUGGCUCCAGUCCUGUGCUCGGGCCAGUAAGUGACUCAGCGUCAGUCUCUGCCCUCCUCCCGCUUGGAGAGCUGCAGCUGGGUGGGGCUUUGCACAGACACCCUUCACCCUACAGCAUUGGGAAUGUUUUUAUUGAAGGGUUUGUGUGUGUGUAUGAAGUCAUGUGCCAACGGUUGUUAAACAUGGGCCUCAUUAAACAUGCAGUCUGUUCCUUUGCAUUAUCGUGUGAAUUUCCUUCUGCAUGUUCCUGGCCAACACGGACAGACUUACCUUUCCUGUGUUCGCAACGUCCGCUUGCUGACUAGCCUCCGUCCUGUCCUCAAAGGCUUCUCUCAGCUGCCCUCCUCCGACUGGGCUAAUUUCAGUCAUGUUCCGACUGAUUCUACUGGCAACAAAGAGCUGGGUUGGAAAGAACUGGGCUGUGUUCGCUCAUGCCCUGACAGCGCAGAGCCCCACACAGCCCGCACACACUGUUCCUAGGCACAGCUAUGGCCCCGCCCACGAGGAGCCAAUGAAACCAUCUCUGAAGGCAGCAUGGCGUCCUGUGCCUCGGGGCCGGGAGCUGGCAUUCCUGGCGCGGAGACUCCCUUCCUCACUCUAGGCCUUAGUUUCCCGCUGCUGCAGCUUGGAGAUCAUGUUCGCCCACAUCGGGGAAGUGGUGACGGUGUUGUCACCCGCCUGAGCCACAGGGGCAGCUGAGUGGCACUGAAGCAAUGGGUUAAAUUCCGAGCGGUUGUGAGAGGUGAUGUAAGACUUGCAGCCCCGCAUUGGGCCGAGCGGCUUGGAGGUGCAUGCUCAGGAGCCGGUGAAGGUGUGAGUGAAAGGAAGCGGGGGAGGGGGCAGCUAGUGUUGAAUUUUGCACCUUUUACUCCCUCUUAGGGUUUUGGGUUCCUGUCUGGCCCCUCAGCUUGAGAGUUAUGUCACCCCCGCCCCCUCCCUGGGUGAUGUAGUGGGGAUGUGGGUGGGAGUCCGGGGUGAUGAGACAUGCACAGAGAGAGGUGACUUGUCCCCUCUUGCAAUCCCUCUGGACUCAGCGGCUUGGGCCGGGUAUCUAAUCCCCACCUUGCUCCAGCCAUGGUGGCUCCAGGGUGCUCUGGGAGGCUGCAGGGCAUCGAGGGAAGGCUCCUCCCUCGACCCCUUUGUGAGAUAGUGGGAGGCUGGCUGGGCGGGUUGCUCCAGCCGCACUCUCCAGGCUGUGUUCGGUGCCACCCCCCCACCCCAGGACGGGUGUGGAACAAACCAAACAAGCAAAGGUUACAACAGCAGUUCAGUCAACAGCAGCCUGCGAGGGAGAAAGGCGCCUGGGUGCUGAGCACCACCACCGCCUGCAGGAGCUCAGCCCAGGAGGAGGAGCUGGGAGGCUUUUUGCUCUGGAAUCAACAGAAAAGGCUACAGCCAGCAUGGACGCGACGAGUGGAGGGAAGGACGUGUCAGCGCUGUCCAAUGACAAGAUCUUUGUGCUGACUCGCGUCUACCUGGUGGCCUUAUCUCUGAGCCUCGUCGGCAGCAGCUCGGUCCUUGCUGUAGCCACCCUCAGGAGGAGGUGCUUCCACAGCCAGCUGCGCCCCCUCUUCCUGCUCUCCCUGGCAGACUUCCUGGCUGCCUUGGUGCUGAUCAUCACGGCUGCCAUCCAGCUCCUUCCAGCCCAGCUCUUCGUCCUGGCUUACGAGUUCUGCCCCUACGGCCUGAUGCUGGCCAUGAUGUUCUACGCCAUCUCCUUCCUGAUGGUCAUUGUCUACGCGUACGAGGUGAACCGCACCAUCCGUGGCUGGAGAGUGACGCACGAGCCAGCUCCGCAGGAGAGAAGCAGGUGCAUGGAGAGGGCGCAGCACUGCCUGCCCUACGUCCUGGCCUGGCUGCUCCCCGCCCUCACGUUCCUGGGCCAGCUGCUGUUCAGAGGCACGUCGGUGAGAGACAUCGCUCCCACGUCCCUCAAACCCGUCAUGCCCCAUACGGCCAACCGCUCCCGAGGGGCCGACAGCCUGUACUGCUCCAGCUGCCUGAUCCUCAUCCACCGCUCCCAGGACGUCUGCUAUAAGUACAUGGGCGGGAAGGACACUGGCCUGGAGAUGAAAAUCCUCUUCUUCAUGUACCUGCUGCUGGUGCUCAGCUGCAGCACGUUCCUCUACUGCAGGGUGAAGCGCUGGUGCAGGAGGAACAAUGAGGUGCGGUUGCUGAACAUGGAGAAUGACGGCUUCGCCAGCAGGAACAUCCAGAGCGUGUGCAAAAUUUCUCGCUGCUUCCAGCUGGUUUUCCUGAUCUGCUGGACACCAGCUUUCCUGCUCAGCAUCCUCUCCUUCACCAGCAUCGAGCCCACCUCCAUCUUUGCACUGCAUGUUGCCAUGGCCCUGACCAUGUCCCUCCAAGGGCUCCUGCACAGUUUGGUCUAUGGCUGGCUGCGGCAGAACUUCCGCCAGGAGGCUCUGGGGGAGACGCUCCCCUUGAGACACUACCCCGGCCUCAAAGCCUUCUAUGAUGAAUCGUUUGGGGUUGAGUGCUAGGAGAGUGCCUGCAUCGUUCUCUGCUGAUGGGCACUACACAGCUUCUCUCCUCACUGGGGGCUGAUCCCCCUGGACACUGCACCAGGCAACAGUUAGGUACUAAGGAAUCAGCCCUGUACUGACUUUGUGGUGCAGCCUUCCUGGAAAACCGGGACCUGCACUGAUUUCACCACCCUCCUGGAUUUUGAGAAAUAACUUUGCAAACACAGAGUUGUAGCCACACCUGCUCCUGGAAGCAAGCUGGCUGGAGAGGCUGCUCCUUAGUCAAAGUAGCAAAAUCAUUAGCAACUGUCAUGUGACCAACUGUGGUUUGCUUAAGGAGUGUUAAAGGCCCAGAGCUGAUGCUGGCUGCAAGGGAGAAGAGGCCAAGAUCUCACUCAAAUUCCCUCCCCCAUACACUACUGUCCUUCCCUCAUCUCUAAAGUAGCUUCUGCAAAAGGCUGGGAGUGGCAGCCUCCCCUCACCUCCCCAGUGGGGACCGUGGGGCUGCUCCAGGCCUCUGUGAGAGGGAAGGGAGCUUGAAGGAACGGUGGCUAUCGCUACGACAAGGCCACAGCAUUUAGAGGAGAAGCUCUGUGGAGCAAUUCUGUUGUACAAUUGAUUGAUUCCAUUAGCUGUGGGGCCUAGAGCCCCAGUCAGGGAGCAGGACCCUGUCUGUGCCAGGCGCUGUACCCAGCUCUGAGUGCGUUCGUGGCCUGGGAACUCACAGGGUCUCUUUCCAGCCCGUAAAUUCAAACAACAUGGACAAAGAUAACUGGGGUGCAGAGAGCUCCCAUGAGGGAUUUGGGCAUCCCCCCCACUGCUGGCAAUGGAAUCUUGUGGCUGGCCAGAGGAGGCAGGAGAGCUUGCUUGGCCCUCAAUUGCCAUCUUUACCCACUUGAGAAUAAAAAAGCCUUAACCCUUUCUUCCCAAGCUGGCUUCACCUGUAUUCCCUCCCCCAGCUCCACGACGUGUAAGGUGUUCACAGUGCGUUGUCUGGCAGAGCACCUCGCAGGGCUCAAAGGCGGAUGCUUAGCCGCUCCUCAUCCUUCCUGCCCCUGGGUAAAACAAAACCCAACCCCGGAGCGGCUCACCUCCUUUUCUGCCAGGGAUGAAGGGGUUCUUGGCUAAUGCCCCAGAAUGAAUACAGCUGACAGCCCUAGAAGCUCUCCCGCUCCCUCCUGUGCGCACUCAGGCUUAAGCCUUGUCAGUGCUAACCCGCCUCGCCCCCGGCUAGUUAAAAGCCAGACCAACCCUGUCUCAGGUCUGGCCCUGGUGGUGGUGGCUCCCAAGGGCUGAAAUUGCACCUCACUGAACAGCAGCUGCUGCUUCGUAGGGGCAGAGGAAGACAGCUGCCCUGCCUGUCCACAAGGCUGGUGCUGGAGCAGUGGUGACCUCUCUGAACUCUCCUGCCACAGCUGGCUUGAAUGAGUCAGGCCUGACCCACAUAGCAAACCAGCCCCAUUGUGCCCAAAUAUUUACCCAUGUGCUGUAAGGCCCCUUUCCCUUCAUUGCCACCCAAACCCCUAGGAGCUGCAUAGCAGACGAGUUUACUCCUGGGGGAAUUCAGCACCACUGCGCAUGUGCAGAAUUUGUCUCCUGUCCGUCUCCCCCCCCCAAUUUCUUUGCUUCCCCUCAGAAAAAUCUGACUUUCUGAUGGGGCAGCAAAGG